GCCACGAGCGCGCUGGCGGCAGGGCAGAGUCUGGCUGGUGCUGAGAGCUCCGGGUCUUCAUACGGGCAUUUCUGCUGGAUGCUGAAGCUCUGAGGACGGCGGACGGUAACCGGUAACCCCCCGUCUGUACCCCGCCCGCUGGACCCCGUUACCCCCAGGCUCGCGCUGAAAAUGACCCCUCACCUCAGGAUAACCGUGUGGCUCGCGCUCGCCGUGCUCCAGGUAUCGCUCGUGAAGUGCCAGGAUGCUGCUAAGACAGAUGAUAAGAACAGCUGUAAGGAGGGGGACGUGACGUAUUUGGACAAUGAUAUCUGGAAGCCGGAGCCGUGUCGGCUGUGUGUGUGUGAUAAGGGCCGGGUGUUCUGUGAGGAGAUCCGCUGUGAGGAGCUGAAGGGCUGUGAGCAGCUCCACAUUCCUGAGGGGGAGUGCUGCCCUGUGUGUGAGAAAUUCGCCAGCGCUCAGGGACGCAUCGAGAUGAUAGAAUUCAAGGGACAAAAAGGUGAACCAGGUGAUAUUCCUUAUAUUGUUGGACUACCUGGCCGACCUGGAGCGAUGGGCCUCCCAGGCACAGAUGGACGUCCAGGAUAUCCAGGCCCUAAAGGAAGAAAAGGUGUGGCAGGUCCCCCUGGUUUUGAUGGGGAAGCGGGUGUGCCAGGUCUGCCAGGUUCAGCGGGACCUUCAGGACAGCCUUCGUUACCAGGAAGUCCGUUUGUCUCUCACAUGGCAUCAGGCUUCCAUGAUGGGAAGCUGGGAGCACCAGGAUUAGUCUCAGGCUCACCGGGUGAACCAGGUCCUAGAGGACAUCCAGGGCCAUCAGGUCCACCAGGCCCUACUGGAGCACAAGGAGCCCCAGGAGAUCCAGGAGAACCUGGACCGAUGGGUUCUCAUGGCCCAAGGGGUCCAGAUGGUCCUCCUGGAAAGCCUGGUUCAGAUGGUGAAUCUGGACCUGCAGGAAAGUCUGGGGAAGCUGGGUUUCCAGGCUCUCCGGGGCCCAGAGGAUUUCCAGGAUUACCAGGUCAACCAGGAUUGAAAGGCCACAGGGGACACCCAGGUGAACAAGGCCCAAAAGGAGAGCCAGGUGUUGUUGGAUCAAAGGGUGAUUCUGGUGUACCUGGUACAAUGGGACCUGUUGGUGAACGGGGUCCAAUCGGAAUGACUGGAGAAAGGGGUCGAAUUGGCCCCACUGGACCUGUGGGAAGACGUGGUGUUGCAGGAAAUGUCGGAAAACCAGGUCCACUGGGUCCAAUGGGAAUUACAGGAGCUCCAGGUUUUCCAGGUGGUCCAGGCACAAAGGGUCAGGCAGGAGCCACAGGCCCCCGAGGCACCCCCGGACCCCAGGGCCCCAGAGGAGAAUCAGGCCGUUUAGGUCUACCCGGAGCUCGUGGAACCCAGGGACCAGCCGGAACAGAUGGAGCCCCUGGCAGCAAAGGUCCUGCUGGGGUACCCGGUGUGCAGGGUCCUGUUGGACUGAUUGGUCAGCCUGGCCCACCUGGACCUCAGGGAACUACUGGACCAGCUGGAGUCAAAGGUCAAGGGGGAGAUGCGGGCGCCCCUGGAUUUAAAGGAGAGGCUGGAAUAAAAGGAGAAGCUGGGGCACAAGGAGCUCAAGGAGAGAUGGGUUCAAUGGGAGAGGAAGGGAAACGGGGUCCGCGUGGAGACACAGGUGCCCUGGGCCCACCUGGCCCUGCUGGAGAGAGGGGUGCUCCUGGAACUCGUGGUUUUCCAGGUGCUGAUGGGUUACCUGGACCUAAGGGUCUACAAGGUGAGCGUGGUCUUCCUGGAUCUUCAGGGGCUAAGGGUGCUGGUGGGGAUCCUGGUCGUCCUGGAGAAGCGGGCAUUCCAGGAGCAAGGGGUCUGACCGGUGUUCUCGGACUACAAGGACCAGAAGGGAAAAUCGGACCUCAGGGAGCUCCAGGAGAUGAUGGCCAUCCUGGUUCUGCAGGGUCCACUGGGGUUAGAGGUCUAGCAGGGUCUAUGGGUCUGCCUGGUCCAAAAGGCUUCAGUGGGGAUCCAGGAAAAGCAGGAGAAGCUGGAUCUGCUGGUGCUCCAGGACAGAGAGGUGCCAAUGGAAAAGAUGGAGAGGAAGGAGCUGCAGGAGCUGCUGGACCACCUGGUGUUGCAGGAAAGAGAGGAGAGCAAGGUCCUCCUGGUCUGACAGGAUUUCAGGGUUUACCAGGAUCCGCAGGCCCACCUGGAGAGUCAGGAAAACCAGGUGAUGAGGGAGUCCAUGGUGAAGCAGGCCCUGCUGGUCAGACUGGCCCAAGAGGUGAGCGUGGAACCCCAGGAGAAAGAGGAGAUCCAGGACCCGGUGGCCUACCAGGGCCUAAGGGCAGUCCAGGAACACCCGGCCCUGAUGGACCAAAGGGUAAUGCAGGGCCAGCUGGGACAAUAGGAGAGACAGGUCCAUCUGGGCUUCAGGGAAUGCCUGGAGAACGUGGGAUCCCUGGACCUGCUGGACCUAAAGGAGAACAUGGGGCACUAGGUGAGAGAGGAGCGGAGGGAACUGCUGGUAAUGAUGGCGGUCGGGGCCUUCCUGGACCUAUUGGACCCACUGGACCAGCUGGACCAGCUGGAGAAAAGGGAGAAUCAGGCCCCAGAGGACCACCUGGAGCACAAGGUGCCAGAGCAGCAGCUGGUUCUCCUGGUGAGCCUGGUCCUACCGGUGCUGCUGGUUUUGCUGGACCUCCUGGUCCAGAUGGACAGCCUGGUGUGAAAGGUGAUACAGGAGAGCCGGGAGGAAAGGGCGAGGGUGGAGCUCCAGGUCCUCAGGGAAUGGCUGGAAAACCUGGAUCUCAGGGUACGAUUGGUGUAGCUGGACUGAAAGGAGGCAGAGGAACUCAGGGAGCUGCUGGCCCCAGUGGCUUCCCGGGAUCUCCGGGAGGAGUGGGACCACCAGGCUCUGCUGGUCCUACUGGCGAGUCUGGUCCACAAGGUACCCCUGGAAAGCAGGGCCCACCCGGACUGCGAGGAGAUCCAGGUCCUACUGGACGUCAGGGGGAGCGUGGAAACCCUGGACCUGCUGGAAGCCCUGGAGAUAAAGCUGAACCUGGAGAAGAUGGACCACCGGGUCCUGAUGGGCCUCCAGGACCUGCAGGAACCCCAGGACAGAGGGGGCUGGUGGGUCUCCCUGGUAUGAGAGGAGAGCGUGGAAUGGGGGGACUUCCUGGACCUGCUGGUGCACCAGGAAAGCCGGGCACUACAGGUCCUCAGGGAACUAAAGGUGCUGCAGGGCCCGUUGGACUGCCUGGAUCAUCUGGACCUCGUGGAGAUGCUGGCCCAGAGGGUCUUGCUGGACCAGAUGGUAUUCCUGGAGCUGACGGUACCAUUGGCAUCAGAGGGGAAAGGGGAGAUGCAGGUGCAGAGGGUCUGGCAGGACCCCAGGGUUCCCAGGGACCACCAGGACCAGUAGGAACAUCUGGAGGUCCAGGACUCAGAGGAGAAGUGGGUGCACGAGGUCCACCAGGUCCAUCUGGUCAGCCAGGCAUCAGAGGGAAAAAGGGACCACAAGGACCACUGGGAGACAAAGGAGACCGAGGAGAUUCUGGUGAGAGAGGUCAGAAAGGUCAUCGUGGAUUUACUGGACUGCAAGGUCUACCCGGAACAACUGGCGCUACAGGAGAUGCAGGUGCACGAGGAAUCACUGGGCCGAGUGGACAAAGAGGAAUGCCAGGACCUGUAGGACCUGCUGGUAAAGAAGGUGAUAUUGGUCUGCCUGGAGCAAUAGGGCCACCUGGAACUCGGGGUGUUCCUGGAGAUUUCGGACCAGAGGGGCCUGAAGGUGAACCUGGUCCACCUGGACCUCCCGGCCCCCCUGGCCCCCCAAUUGCUGCUGUGGAUGACCUUUUCGGGACAACCCUCGACUACGAUGGUGUGUUCGAGCCCGAGGCCCCGCCCCCUCCUGAGUUUAAUGAGGAUGAGGCGAGACCCAAUAACAGCUCGGCUUUGGUUCAGAUGGACAGCGGGGUCCACACCUCCCUGAAGACUCUGGGCAGUGAGCUGGACAGCAUGAGAAGCCCCGAUGGCAGCCGGCAGCACCCGGCACGCACCUGCCAGGACCUGAAGCAGUGCUACCCACUGAAGAAAAGUGGUAACUACUGGGUGGAUCCUAAUGAGGGCAGUUCAAAAGAUGCCAUCCAGGUUUACUGCAACAUGGAGAAGGGUGAGACGUGCAUCUCCGCCAACCCCUCCAGCGUUCCCCGCAAGCACUGGUGGAGUUCACGCUCCAGCACACCUAAACCUGUGUGGUACGGAGCUACUAUGAACAGAGGAGCCAAGUUUACUUAUGGUAAUCAGGAGGAUUCUCUGAGCAUCGUGACGAUUCAGAUGCGGUUCCUGCGCCUGCACUCUAAAGAAGCCGCGCAGACGCUCACCUACCACUGUAAAAACAGCAUCGCCUACAAGGACGGCAAGAACAGCAACUACAAGAAAGCUGCACUACUAAAAUCUGCAGACGGGCUGGAAAUCAAAGCUCACGGAAACAACCGGCUGAAGUACACCGUCACUGAGGACAGCUGCAUGAAGUCCAGCAGUGAGUGGGGAAAGACCGUGUUUGAGUACCGCUCACAGAAGCCUUCCAGACUGCCCAUCGUGGACAUGGCUCCGGUGGAUGUGGGCGGAGCAGAUCAGGAGUUUGGCAUCGAUAUCGGCCCAGUGUGCUUCUCAUAGAGCCAACAAAGAAGCUUCCUGUGAUCCAGCAUCCACCUGCAGAUACUGAACUCCAAGCAUUAGGCCUUCAGCUCUAUAAUACAGUAUUUAUUGCUCCAGAACCUUCCGAAGAGCCUUGAGCAGCAUCACGAGCCACAGCAGCAGUAUUACCCCUCCUCUUCUCUUCUUUAUUAAGGAAUUCCACUAGCUGGGGGUAUAUGAAUAUACGAGGGACAGUGUGGAUGGACUUUUUAAUAAUUUAUGUCUUAAUCAUAAUCCAUGUGCCCCUUCUGAGCUGCUGUGUAAUAUCAGUUAAAUACAUCAGGGUCACGUCAGGUCUGCGGUUACUCGGUUUUGAUGUUAGAUUGUUGGUUUUAUUAAAUUAAGGUGCUAAAUAAAGGUGCUACUUUUAUUAAUUUAAGAAUUAAAGGGAAUCCAAAAUGCAAAAAUGCAAAUAUGUUUACUAUAAUAGUUUUGUUCGGUUCCAGUGAAGAAGACAUUUGCCCUUUUUGACUCCCACACCUUUCCCACUAUUUCUUUGUGAGUUUUAUGUGCUACCUCUGUGAGAUGCCGUUUCUGUCGAUAAAGGACCUUCUGACUGACCUUUCAUUCACAAGUGAACUUUAAUUGUUUUUUAUACUGUCACAUCCUGACCUUACAGUGGCUCAUUAAAGAUUAAAGAAUGAUUGUAUUAAA